AUGACCAGCCCUGUGGCCGCCGCAAUAGACAAAUACUACGAGGACUUGCAAGCCCUCUUGGCGACUGUGUCGAAGGCGGACAAGUUGAUUGUCCUCUGUGACUUCAAUGCCCGCGUCGGCAGAGACCAUGCUGCCUGGAGAGAAGUGCUGGGUCCUCAUGGUCUCCGCGGCUCAAACGACAAUGGUCUGCUGCUCCUCCGCACCUGCGCAGAACACCGCCUCAUUCUGUCGAACACCUUCUUCUGUCUGCCGGAGCGAGAGAAGGCCACCUGGAGGCAUCCUCGGUCGCGUCAGUGGCACCUGCUGGACUACGUCCUCGAACUAUCACGAUGCGCUAAAAACUGGGACUCGAAAGGUUACCAACUAGUGUUUCCCCUUCGACCAAGCAGUCAGCCCAGUCGCGUCUUUGCUUGCUGA